AUGGGGAAGAAACGAAGACAGACAGGCAAGAAUAUAGAGAAGGAAACAGAAAAGGAGAAGCAAAAGGAGACAGCUGAGGAGACAGCUGAGAAGGAGACAGCUGAGAAGGAGACAGCUGAGAAGGAGACAGCUGAGGGGACAGCUGAGGAGACAGCCGAUGAGACAGCUGCGAAGGAGACAGCUGAGGAGACAGCCGAGGAGACAGCUGAGAAGGAGACAGGUGAGAAGGAGACAGGUGAGAAGGAGACAGGUGAGAAGGAGACAGUCGGCUUACAUCAGUCCAUGCUGGAGCUGGGGCAGCAGCUGUACCAGCAGCAACUGGAGCUGUACCGCCACCCUGCUGCUGCUGCUGCUGCUGUGGUUCUGUCUCUUCUGCAUGCGCUGCAGCCCCAUUCAACUCUAAGGAACGAGAAGGAGACAGAGACCCUGGGCCUCUUGGUGGUUUGCUGCUUCUGUGUGGGGGUCGUCUUUGGGCCUGCUGCUGCUGCGUGUCUGGCCCAGCUGUCUCCUCGACGGCAAGAAGGUGAGGUGGCUGGGGGCGAAGCGACUCCUGCUCCUGCUGCUGCUGCUGCUGCUGCUGCUGCGCUGACACCAGAAGAAGAGGAACUCAACGCCCCAGAGGAGGAGUCCUCGCAGUCCUUAGCAGCUAAAGACUCGCUGCUAUUCAAACACUGCAGCAGCAGCAGCAACAGCAGCAACAGCAGCAACAGCAGCAACAGCAACAGCAGCAGCAACAGCAACAGAGAUACAGCACGCCGCGGGGAGACAGGCAAACGAAAGCGGAAGCAAACAAAGCAGCAGCAGCAGCAGCAGCAGCACAAGACGCUUCUUCAGGCCUCAACAACUCAGCAGCACGAUCAGCAGCAGCAGCAGCAGCAGCAGCAGCAGCAGCAGCAGGCAGGCAGGCAAACAGAAAGAGAGGGUCUCUAUGGGACAGCUGCGAUGUCGAAAGGGAAAAGAAACAGAGACAGAGAGGAGACAAAAAAAGAAGAGGCGAGAGAAGGAGCAGAGACAGAGACAAACGGAGACACCCCACAAACCAAAGGAGACACCGUCAAAGAAAAACACAACACAACAAAAGAAGCAGAGACAGAGACAGCAGCAACAGCAGCAACAGCAGCAGCAGCAAGACCAGCAGCAGCAGCAGCAGCAGCAGCAGCAGCAGCAGCAGCAGCAGCAGCAGCUUCUUACUUUGGCUGUGAUGAAGUUAGCGAGGUUAAGAGCAGCAACAACGGCCCAGCAUAA